AUGGAGCGGCCCGGGAGCGGGGGCGCCGAGGGGGCCUGGGCCGCGCUGCUGGGCCGGCAGCACCAGCAGGCCCGGGAGUACUGCCCGGGGGUGAACAACCAGCCCUACGUGUGCGAGACGGGGCACUGCUGCGGGGAGACCGGCUGCUGCACCUACUACUACGAGCUGUGGUGGUUCUGGCUCCUCUGGACCAUCCUCAUCCUCUUCAGCUGCUGCUGCGCCUACCGGCACCGCCGGGCCAAGCUGCGCCUGCAGCAGCAGCAGCGGCAGCGGGAGAUCAACCUCAUCGCCUACCACGGUGCCUGCAACUACCCCGCCUCCAUGAUGGACCUCAGGAUGCUGGCUUCCUUCAAGCUGCCUGCCUACGAGGAGGUGGCCCACCGCCCCAGCACGCCGCCGCCGCCCUACAGCGCCAUCCUGGCCCAGCUGAGCGGGCCCCGCAGCCGCCUGGGCUCCAGCAGCCUCACGCUCUCGCCCAGCUCGGAGAACUACACCAGCUGCUCCUGCGAGUCGAGCUGCGCCACGUCCCCCAGCAGCACCUCGCUCUCGGUGCAGGUGACGGAUGAGACGGAGCGCAGCCGGGCCAGCACGCCCAGCGAGGAGGGCGGCACCAGCAGCACCGGCACCGGCGCCAGCUGGGAGCUGCCCCCCGAGGAGGCGCCGGCCCGCGAGGCCCCGCACAAGCACACCCUCUUCUCCUCCACCGUGGACUUCUUCGAGGCCGACUGCCACCCCUGCUCCGACAUCGAGGAGGGUGAGGAGGAGGAGGGCGGUGCCGCCCAGGAGGAAGGUGGCGGCGGUGGCGGCGAGCAUUUCCGGCACCGGCGCCUGACGGGGGACUCCGGCAUCGAGGUGGGGCGCUGCCAGGAGGAGGAGGAGGGCGAGGGUGAAGGCACCCACCUCCUGGGCAAAGCCGGCCCCGCGCCCCCGCCCCGCUGCGGGCUGCCAGGCCAGGGGGGCGGCGAGGGGCCCGGCUCGCCCCCCCUGCCCGUCUGA